CUGGUCAGCGUGGUGGCGCUGGGGUUGCUGGUAUUGCUGGUGGACCGGAGGGAGCUGGCCGAAGCGCUGUUGACGGCGAACUACUGGUAUCUGGCGCCUGCCAUUGCGCUGUAUUUCCUGGGUCAGUGGUUUCGGGCGCUCCGCUGGCAAUAUCUGCUGGCGCCCAUUACCCGGGUCUCGGCCGGCCGGCUGUAUCCGGUGAUCAUCAUCGGAUACAUGGCGAACAACGUGCUGCCGGCGCGUUUGGGCGAAUUGGUGCGGGCAGUGUACCUGUCGCAGCGAGAGAAAGAGGUCAGCGUGCCGGCGUCGAUUGCGACGCUGAGCGUGGAAAGGCUCUACGACGGGCUGACGCUGCUGGCCAUGGGGGCGGUGGCUGCGCCCAUCCUGCUGGCUGCGGGUUUGUUCAGUGAGGCCAGCCUGGCUUAUCAGUCCACCGCCGUCAUACUGAUGGUGGGAGUGAUCGGCAGCUUCGUGGUGGCGCUGUUGGCAUUGACGGCAUUGGCGACGAGCCGCCGGGCGGUGGACUGGCUGAUCGCGGCUACCGCGAUCCUGCCGGCCAGGUUCCGUUCAAUGGCCGUGGAAGUGGCGCACGGGUUUGUGGAAGGGCUGGCGACGCUUAACUCACCGCGCAAGCAUGCCAUCCUGUUCCUGGGUUCACUUCCGGUAUGGCUGGCGGAGGCGGGUGUUUACCUGAUAGUGGCGUACUCGUUCAACCUGGAUGCUUGGUUCGGCUCUUUCUGGUUGCUUGCGGCGGCGAUACUGCUGGUGACUGUGACUUCCAAUCUGGUCACGGCGGUGCCGGCGUCUAUCGGAGGGAUCGGGCCGUUCGAAGUGGUGGCGCAGCAGACGCUGGUAGCGUUGGGUAUCGGCGCGGCGGCAGCGGCGGCCUACACCGUGGCGGUGCACCUGAUCGCGCUGUGGCUGCCGGUCAACAUCGCGGGACUGGCGCUGCUGUUCUGGCACAACCUCUCGCUGCGCCGUCUCACCGCGUUGCCGGAGACCGGGACCGAAAGCACGUCGGAUGCCGGCGCGGCAUCGAUUGCCGGGCAGCCCCGUGCCGGGCAGCCUCGACGGGGCGCGGCGCAGGACGAUUAG